GAAACAGCCCUCUAGCACCUUUUAACUCAUCCCCCAUCCUCUCUGUAGUCCAAACGAAGUUCUCUGUAUGUCUCUCACUCCUCUUCUUCUUCUUCAUUGAUAUGGCUUCCACCCAGCCAGAAAUAGCCUAUGAUUGCUCGCCUAUGCUAAUAGUUUACAAAGAUGGCAAAGUAAACCGGCUCGGUGGCAAUGACGUCGUCCCCCCAUCUUUUGAUUCCAAAACAGCCGUUGAGUCCAAAGACGUUGUAUAUUCACCAGAAAAUGGCCUCUCUGUCAGGCUUUACCUCCCAAAAAACGUCAACCAAAGCCAAAAACUUCCCCUUCUUGUUUACUUUCACGGCGGAGGCUUCUGCAUCGAGUCCCCCUUCUCCCCUAUGUACCACAAUUACAUCAACUCCUUAGUUGCCGAAGAAAACAUCGUUGUCGUCUCGGUUCAAUACAGAAGAGCCCCGGAGCAUCCUCUCCCUUGCGCUUACGACGAUUCAUGGAGUGCCCUCAAAUGGGUUGCCUCCCAUGUUAACGGAUCAGGCCCUGAAGAUUGGCUUAACUCUCACGCUGAUUUCGAGAAAGUGUUUUUCUCUGGUGACAGUGCCGGCGCUAAUAUAGCGCACAGGAUGGGCAUAAAACAUGGCAUGGAAAAACUGGAAGGCGUUAACGUUGAAGGAAUUGUUUUAUGUCACCCCUAUUUCUGGGGAAACGAAGCAGUGGAUAACGAGACAAAUGAUGCAAAAAGCAGAAAGUUUAUUGAAACGUUGUGGCGAUGUGCCUAUCCGGAGACAACCGGAUUCGAUCACCCGUGGAUAAAUCCUGCGGAAGAUCCGGACCUGGGAAAGCUGGAGUGCAGGCGGGUGCUGGUUUUUGUAGCGGAGAAGGAUUUGCUAUGCGCCAGAGGAUGGUAUUGUCAUCAGAAGUUGAAGGAAAGCGGGUGGAGAGGUGACGUUGAGGUUUUCGAGACCAAAGGAGAAGACCACGUUUUCCAUUUGUUCAAUCCCGAUUGUGGAAAUGCCAAGGUUAUGCUCUUGAAAACUGCCGGUUUCUACAAUACUAAUUAAUCAUGUGGUUUUGUUUGUUUCAGUAAUAAUAGGACAAGGGAAAGAAGAGACGAAGGAAUUCAACAGAAAAUAGAUUGAAAUUUUACAAAAGAAUCAAAUAAAAAGAGGCAAUUAAUACGAAAA